AUGCAGUUGAGCAGAAUCUCUCCCGCUUUCCAUCACCCCGCCCCAUUCCCCCGUUUUCCAUCACCCCGCCCCAUUCUCCCGCUUUCCAUCACCCCGCCCUAUUCUCCCGCUUUCCAUCACCCGGCCCCAUUCUCCCUCUUUCCAUCACCCCCUUUCCAUCACCCCGCCCCAUUCUCCCGCUUUCCAUCACUCCACCCCAUUCUCCCGCUUUCCAUCACCCCGCCCCAUUCUCCCGAUUUCCAUCACCCUGCCCCAUUCUCCCGCUUCCCAUCACCCCGGCCCAUUCUCCCGCUUUCCAUCACCCCGCCCCAUUCUCCCGCUUUCCAUCACCCCGCCCCAUUCUCCCUCCUUCCAUCACCCCGCCUCAUUCUCCCGCUUUCCAUCACCCCGCCCCAUUCUCCCGCUUUCCAUCACCCCGCCGCAUUCUCCCGCUUUCUAUCACCCAGCCACAUUCUCCCACUUUCCAUCAGCCCGCCCCAUUCUCCCUCCUUCCAUCGCCCUGCCCCAUUCUCCCUCCUUCCAUCAUCCCGCCCCAUUCUCCCUCGUUCCAUCACCUCGCCCCAUUUUCCCGCUUUCUAUCAGCCCGCCCCAUUCCACCGCUUUCCAUCACCCCGCCCCAUUCUCCAGCUUUCCAUAACCCGCCCCAUUCUCCCGCUUUCCAUCACCCCGCCCCAUUCUCCCGCUUUCCAUCACCCCACCCCAUUCUCCCGCUUUCCAUCACCCCACCCCAUAUUCCCGCUUUCCAUCACCCCGCCCCAUUCUCCAGCUUUCCAUCAGCCGCCCCAUUCUCCCGCUUUCCAUCACCCCGCCUCAUUCUCCCGAUUCCCAUCAACCCGCCCCAUUCUCCCGCUUUCUAUCACCCGUCCCCAUUCUCCCUCCUUCCAUCACCCCGCCCCAUUCUCCCGCUUUCCAUCACCCCGCCCCAUUCUACCACUUUCCAUCACCUCGCCCCUUUCUCCCGGUUUCCAUCACCCUGCCCCAUUCUCCCGCUUUCCAUCAACCUGCCCCAUUCUCCUGCUUUCCAUCACCCUGCCCGAUUCUCCCUUCUUCCCAUCACCCCACCCCAUUCUCCCGCUUUCCAUCACCCCGCCCCAUUCUCGUGCUCUCCAUCACCCCGCACCAUUCUCCUGCUUUCCAUCACCCCUCCCCAUUCUCCUGCUUUCCAUCACCCUGCCCCAUUCUCCCUCCUUCCAUGACCCCGCCCCAUUCUCCCUCCAUCCAUCACCCCGCCCUAUUCUCCCAAUUUCCAUCACCCCACCCCAUUCUCCCGCUUUCCAUCACCCCGCCUUAUUCUCCCGCUUUCCAUCACCUCGCCCCAUUCUCCCGCUUUCCAUCACCCCGCCCCAUUCUCCGCUUUCCAUCACACGCCCAUUCUCCCACUUUCCAUCACCCCGCACCAUUCUCCCGCUUUUCAUUACCCCGCCCCAUUUUCCCGCUUCCCAUCAUCUCGCCCCAUUCUCCCGCUUUCCAUCACCCUGCCCCAUUCUCCCUCCUUCCAUCACCCCACCCCAUUCUCCCGCUUUCCAUCACCUCGCCCCAUUCUCCCGCUUUCCAUCUCCCCGCCCCAUUCUCCCGCUUUCCAUCACCCCGCCCCAUUCUCCUGCUUUCCAUCACCUGCCCCAUUCUCCCGCUUUCCAUCACCCCACCCCAGUCUCCCGCUUUCCAUCACCCCGCCCUAUUCUCCCGCUUUCCAUCACCCCGCCCCAUUCUCCCGCUUUCCAUCACCCCACCCCAUUCUCCCGCUUUUCAUCACCCCGCCCCAUUCUCCCGCUUUCCUUCACCCCUCCCCAUUCUCCCGCUUUCCAUCACCCCGCCCCAUUCUCCCACUUUCUAUCACCCCACCCCAUUCUCCCGCUUUCCAUCACCCCGACCCAUUCUCCCACUUUCCAUCACCCCGCCCAAUUCUCUCGAUUUCCGUCACCCUGCCCCAUUCUCCCUCUUUCCGUCACCCCGCCCCAUUCUCCCGCUUUCCAUCAUCCAGCCCCAUUCCCCCGCUUUUCAUCACCCCGCCCCAUUCUCCCUCCUUCCAUCACCCCGCCCCAUUCUACCACUUUCCAUCACCCCGCCACAUUCUUCCACUUUCCAUCACCCCGCCCCAUUCUCCCUCCUUCCAUCACCUCGCCCCAUUCUCCCGCAUUCCAUCACCCCGCCCCAUUCUCCCGCAUUCCAUCACCCCGCCCCAUUCUCCCGAUUUCUAUCACCCUGCCCCAUUCUCCCGCUUUCCAUCACCCCACCCCAUUCUUCCGCAUUCCAUCACCCGCCCCAUUCUCCCGCUUUACAUCACCUCCCCCCAUUCUCCCGCUUUCCAUCACCCCGCCCCAUUCUCCCGGUUUCCAUCACCCCGCCCCCUUCUCCCUCCUUCCAUCACCCCGCCCCAUUCUCCCUCCUUCCAUCACCCCGCCCCUUUCUCCCGCUUUCCAUCAGCCCGCCCCAUUCUCCCGCUUUCCAUCACCCCGCCCCAUUCUCCCGCGUUCCAUCUCCCCGCCCCGUUCUCCCGCUUUCCAUAACCCCGCCCCAUUCUCCCGCUUUCCAUCACCCCGCCCCAUUCUCCCGCUUCCCAUAAUCCCGCCCCAUUCCGCUCCUUUCCGUCACCCCUCCCCAUUCUCCCUUCUUCCAUCACCCAGCCCCAUUCUCCCGCUCUCCAUCACCCCGCCCCAUUCUCCCGCUUUCCAUCACCUCGCCCCAUUCUCACGCUUUCCAUCACCCCGCCCCAUUCACCUGCUUUCCAUCACCCCGCCCCAUUCUCCCGCUCUCCAUCACCCCGCCCCAUUCUCCGCUUUCCAUCACACGCCCAUUCUCCCGCUUUCCAUCACCCCGCACCAUUCUCCCGCUUUUCAUUACCCCGCCCCAUUUUCCCGCUUCCCAUCAUCUCGCCCCAUUCUCCCGCUUUCCAUCACCCUGCCCCAUUCUCCCUCCUUCCAUCACCCCACCCCAUUCUCCCGCUUUCCAUCACCUCGCCCCAUUCUCCCGCUUUCCAUCUCCCCGCCCCAUUCUCCCGCUUUCCAUCACCCCGCCCCAUUCUCCUGCUUUCCAUCACCUGCCCCAUUCUCCCGCUUUCCAUCACCCCACCCCAGUCUCCCGCUUUCCAUCACCCCGCCCUAUUCUCCCGCUUUCCAUCACCCCGCCCCAUUCUCCCGCUUUCCAUCACCCCACCCCAUUCUCCCGCUUUUCAUCACCCCGCCCCAUUCUCCCGCUUUCCUUCACCCCUCCCCAUUCUCCCGCUUUCCAUCACCCCGCCCCAUUCUCCCACUUUCUAUCACCCCACCCCAUUCUCCCGCUUUCCAUCACCCCGACCCAUUCUCCCACUUUCCAUCACCCCGCCCAAUUCUCUCGAUUUCCGUCACCCUGCCCCAUUCUCCCUCUUUCCGUCACCCCGCCCCAUUCUCCCGCUUUCCAUCAUCCAGCCCCAUUCCCCCGCUUUUCAUCACCCCGCCCCAUUCUCCCUCCUUCCAUCACCCCGCCCCAUUCUACCACUUUCCAUCACCCCGCCACAUUCUUCCACUUUCCAUCACCCCGCCCCAUUCUCCCUCCUUCCAUCACCUCGCCCCAUUCUCCCGCAUUCCAUCACCCCGCCCCAUUCUCCCGCAUUCCAUCACCCCGCCCCAUUCUCCCGAUUUCCAUCACCCUGCCCCAUUCUCCCGCUUUCCAUCACCCCACCCCAUUCUUCCGCAUUCCAUCACCCGCCCCAUUCUCCCGCUUUACAUCACCUCCCCCCAUUCUCCCGCUUUCCAUCACCCCGCCCCAUUCUCCCGGUUUCCAUCACCCCGCCCCCUUCUCCCUCCUUCCAUCACCCCGCCCCAUUCUCCCUCCUUCCAUCACCCCGCCCCUUUCUCCCGCUUUCCAUCAGCCCGCCCCAUUCUCCCGCUUUCCAUCACCCCGCCCCAUUCUCCCGCCCCCAUUCUCCCGCUCUCCAUCACCCCGCCCCAUUCUCCCGCUUUCCAUCACCUCGCCCCAUUCUCACGCUUUCCAUCACCCCGCCCCAUUCACCUGCUUUCCAUCACCCCGCCCCAUUCUCCCGCUCUCCAUCACCCCGCCCCAUUCUCCCGCUUUCCAUCACCUCGCCCCAUUCUCACGCUCUCCAUCACCCCGCCCCAUUCACCCGCUUUCCAUCACCCCGCCCCAUUCUCCCGCUUUCCAUCACCCCACCCCACUCCCGCUUUCCAUCACCCCGCCCCAUUCUCCCACUUUCCAUCACCCCGCCCCAUUCUCCCGCUUUCCAUCACUCCACCCCAUUCUCCCGCUUUCCAUCACCCCGCCCCAUUCUCCCGCUUUCCAUCACCCCGCCCCAUUCUCCCUCCUUCCAUCACCCUGCCCCAUUCUCCCGCUUUCCAUCACCCCGCGCCAUUUUCCCUCUUUCCAUCACCCCGCCCCAUUCUCCCGCUUUCCAUCACCCCGCCCCAUUCUCUCGCUUUCCAUCACCCCGGCCCAUUCUCCCUCCUUCCAUCACCCCAACCCAUUCUCCCACUUUCUAUCAGCCCGUCCCAUUAUCCCGCUUUCCAUCACCCCGCCCCUUUCUCCCGCUUUCCAUCACCCCGCCCCAUUCUCCCACUUUCCAUCACCCCGCCCCAUUCUCCCUCCUUCCAUCACCCCGCCUCAUUCUACCUCCUUCCAUCACCCCGCCCCAUGCUCCCGCUUUCCAUCAUCCCGCCCCAUUCUCCCGCUUUUCAUCACCCCGCCCCAUUCUCCCGCUUUCCAUCACCCCGCCCCAUUCUCCCGCUUUCCAUCACCCCGCCCCAUUCUUCCUCCUUCCAUCACCCCGCCCCAUUCUCCCGCUUUCCAUCACCCCGCGGGACAUGUCAUGACGGGAGAAUGAGUUGUCCACGGGGUGUAUGA